GCAAAGCACCAGUAGCAAGGUUUAACGUUACAAGGGGUAGUCUAGCUAAAUGGCGCAGGCGGCAGCGGCAGCGAACACCGGCGUGCAGCCCGCGGACGAGGAGAUGCGCUGGCUGUGCCGGGUGCGGGAGACCCUUGAGCAGGCGUCGCCCGAGGAGCUCGGCGCGGCGGCCAGGGUGUUCGACGUCCCGCGCACCCUGCGCGACACCAAGCCCGAGGCGUACGCGCCGCAGCACUUCGCGCUGGGGCCCUACCACCACCAGGCCCGCCCCGAGCUCAAGGACAUGGAGCGCUACAAGCUCGCGGCGGCCAAGCGCGCGGAGCGGCUCUUCGCCGGCGGCCGCAAGGUCGGGCACCUCGUGCAGCGCCUCAUGGGCCUCCAGGCCGAGAUGCGGCGGCCGUACCACCGGGUACUCGAUCUCGGCGACGAGACCCUGGCGUGGCUGAUGGCCAUCGACACCUGCUUCCUGCUCGACUUCCUCGAGAGCUACCACCGCGACGAGGCCCCGGACAUGGUGUCCUCGGCGGCCAACUGGAUCCACGCCACGGUGCGCGACGCCAUGAUGAUCGAGAACCAGCUCCCGCUCCGACUCUUUGCCGAGGCCCUUGAGCUCCGCCAUGAGGCCACCGAGCAGGCCGCCGCCGCCCGUGCCAUGCUGUCCCUGUGCUCCAUCUUCGACCGGUUUGUCAAGAACGUGUCCCCCAUCAAGAUGCGUGCCGAGGUGACCAUCGCCAACGACGUCACCGCGGAAGCCCACCUACUGGAGCUCCUCUACCACUUCCUCGUCCCGCCCGACGCCGUCUUCGACGAGAACGGCCACGGAGGCAGUAAGGAUCCAGCGGUCCAGGCCCAGGACCGCUCCCUCGACGACCUCGAGGAGCAGCUCCUGGACGUGGUUCCAGAGCUUGCCGGCGUGCAGCUGCCUCAACGUGACGAGAACGCGGUGAAGAAGACGUUCUUGCAGGUGUCUCGGAGCCUCAACUUGGGGAGCCUUGUCUCCCGGCCCAUGGGCUCCUUAACGAAGCUCUACGGGAAGAUGACGCGCAGGCUGCCAGCGCUCCCAGGGGUGGUGUCCGUCGUUCGGAAGCUGGCGGCAUCCGUGGACGUGGAGGCAGUUCUCAGCGGCAUGAACAUGGACGGCGUCGCCAGCAGCGCGCCGCUUGCCAAGGAGAUCAAGAUCCCGUCGGUGGCGCAGCUGGCCAAGUGUGGCGUCCGGUUCGCGCCGACGCCGGAGGGCAUCCACGGCAUCGCCUUCGACGCCGCAACGGCCACGCUGCGCCUCCCCGUGAUCACGCUGGACGGCAACACGGAGGUGGUCCUGCGCAACCUGGUGGCCUACGAGACCGUGGCCGUGCGCGGGCCGUUGGUGCUCUCGCGCUACACGGAGAUGAUGAACGGCAUCAUCGACACGACCAGGGACGUGAGGAUCCUCCGGCAGAGCGGCGUGCUGGUGAACCGCAUGAAGAGCAACCGGGAGGCGGCGGCCAUGUGGAAUGGGAUGUGCCGCGCGGCGCGGGUGAGCAGGGUGUCGCGGCUGGACGGCGUGAUACGGGCGGUGAACGCGCACCGGGACCGGACGGCGGCGGUGAGGGUGCAGAAGAUGCUCAAGAGGUACGUGUUCGGAUCGUGGAAGAUUCUGACGCUGCUCGCCUCCGUCGGGCUGCUGGUCAUGACGGCGCUCGAGGCCUUCUGCUCGGCCUACCCAUGCCAUGACUCCUGGUUCGGCAACGUCCUGCAGCUCGGCAGCCCUGACCCCUGACGAGCACACUAGCUGCGCUGCUCCUCAAUUCAACCGAACCCAGAUCACAACACAAAUGCUUUACAUAUAUAUGCAGCCACCUAAAAAAUUACUUAUAGUGUUUAUUAUUUAUAAUCCUAAGAUUGCAGUAAUAAUGUUGUAACUUCCACAAUACCGCACAUUAACAAUAAAGAAAUAUUAAGAAAUAAAUGAGAUGUAAGGACACAAGCUAUAUUGUAGCAAGUCAUGUAAACAUGUACGAACCUACCACAACGGCACAACAUCAGCAUAUUUGUAAUUUCAUUACUUUUUGGUAUAAUCUUCAAAUAAAUAGUGUUUGUCAAAGUCGCAUAUUGGAGAUAGCGCGUGAUAAUACGCAAAUGCCAUUCUAUAUGGACCACAAUAUAUAUGAAGAAAUACACAUGUGUUCA